UCCCGUGCCACACUUUGGACACCUAAAUUCUCUACAGUGAAUAUUAAGUCACUAUUUCACUGUAGCCUCUAAAAGUGUGACUACAAUAAUCCAUUUGAUUCUGUCCUUCGGCCACCGUAGUAACUCAGGUGUGGUCGCGGGCACGUCCGCACUACUGUUGCAAUUCGGUUGCCGACCGCUAGAGGGUGCAGUUUGACCUCUUUCACCAAUUCAGCGUGACCUGCUCGUCAUCUGAGGACAAACGCGAGAUAAAACCGACACGCCAACCCUGUUAUAAUGUCGUGUUAUUAGUGUUGUAAAUGAAUUAGGGACGUUCUUUCGUGUGUAAAGACGACUUUGAAUGAUUCAUUCAUGCUGAAACGGAUGACAUCAUUGAUAGAGUGGCUGGUGUAAAGUGAGGGGUGUGGGAGGGGGUGUGUGAGGAGGAAGAAGAAGAAGAAGAGGAGACAUCGUGACAGUGGGAAUCUGGCACGGCUCGGCCCGGAUGUAAAAACGGGUCUUGCGAGGCGAUGAACCGCGUAGAUGCGUCGCUAUCCAGGGUCCUGAGUGACACCGAAGCAUCAGGCCAGACGACCGGUGAGAUGAUCCACUAUUAGUGAGUUGGAGCCAUCAAUAACCAUGGAGUUAAGAGUGGGAAACAAGUACCGCCUCGGGAGGAAGAUAGGGAGCGGAUCCUUUGGAGAUAUUUAUCUCGGUUCCAACCUCGCCACAGGGGAGGAAGUUGCCAUCAAGUUGGAAUGUGUCAAGACCAAGCAUCCACAGCUCCACAUUGAAAGUAAAUUCUACAAGAUGAUGCAGGGAGGAGUGGGUAUCCCGUCCAUCAAGUGGUGCGGAGCCGAGGGCGACUACAAUGUCAUGGUCAUGGAGCUGCUGGGCCCCAGUUUGGAGGACCUGUUCAACUUCUGCUCCCGCAAGUUCAGCCUGAAAACCGUCCUACUGCUUGCCGACCAGAUGAUCAGCAGGAUUGAGUACAUCCACCUGAAGAACUUCAUCCACAGAGACGUGAAGCCUGACAACUUCCUGAUGGGGCUUGGAAAGAAGGGCAACCUGGUGUACAUCAUCGACUUUGGCCUGGCUAAGAAAUACCGGGAUGCCCGAACACACCAGCACAUUCCCUAUCGAGAGAAUAAAAACCUCACCGGCACCGCCCGCUACGCCUCCAUCAACACCCACCUGGGCAUUGAGCAGUCAAGGCGAGAUGACCUGGAGUCGCUGGGCUACGUCCUCAUGUACUUCAACCUGGGCUCUCUGCCCUGGCAGGGGCUCAAGGCCGCCACCAAGAGGCAGAAGUACGAACGCAUCAGCGAGAAGAAAAUGUCCACUCCCAUUGAGGUGCUGUGCAAGGGCUACCCUUCUGUGUUCUCCACCUAUCUGAACCUGUGUCGCUCACUGCGCUUUGACGACAAGCCAGACUAUUCUUACCUGAGGCAGCUCUUCAGGAACCUUUUCCACAGACAGGGCUUCUCUUACGACUAUGUCUUUGAUUGGAGCAUGCUGAAAUUUGGGGCCAGCAGGACAACAGAGGAUGGAGACAAAGACCGUAAGGAGGAAAAACAGGAUGAGGACCGAGCAGGAGAAGGUCAGAGAGGUGCAGGUGGUCGAGCUUUGCCAUCUGGACCGAAACCUUCCGCAGCUAACCGAGUCAAGAAUGAAGCGGAUGUAGUUCCGUCUAAAGCGGUCACACGUGGGGUCCAGCAGUCAGGUAACCGCUCUCCGCAGGUGGGCCGAGCAGAACGAGUCGAGCGAGAGCGCAAAGUCGCCAUGAGGCUUCAUCGCGGCGCCCCCGCCAACCUGUCCUCUGGUGACCUCUCAGCGCGCCUCGACCAAUCACGCAUCACGGCAUCGCAGGUCAGUGUGCCAUUUGAACAUCUGGCAAAGUGAAUUCUUCACGCUGGUCAGAGGCAGCAGCUGCAGGGAAUCAACUACCCCUUGCUUUUCAAAUGCAUGAAUGAAGGCAUGACUGAGUGCAGGAGCAAGAAGAGGGUGCGUUUCAGGCACUUGAAUGGGAGAUAAAUGGUGUCCAUGUGCGAACACUGGUGGCCAGACGGAGCGGAAGUAACGCUUCAAUGAUGGAAGCCAGUGGGCCAAAAUAAAAAAACUUCACAAGUACUGGCCAGCACUGCUUGUAGGGUGCAGUUUGAACGAGUGAAGUGACAGAUCUCAAAUUGCCAGAUCUUCACCAGUAAUCACCGAUCCAUCCAUUCAGAGGCUCAACUUGCAAAGCAAAAUAUCAAAUGCACAAAUGUUCAGGUUUUUUUGUUUACAGCUGUGAUAAACUACAAUUUAAUGCCAAUGUUAAGGAGUUAAAUAUGCUGCAUAUUGAUGCCUUUCAUUUCUCGAAUAUAACAACCAACGUGACAGUCAGAGAUGUAUUAUUUGUGUAAUUAGGCGUUUCUUAGAAAUAGUCCAAAAUGUCUGUCUGUGUGUUAUCAUUGUACUUGUUUAUCAUUCUGCUUUGCCGAUCAGACCAAAAUACAGAAUGCAGGACGUAAAUUAUUGGGAUUAAUAAUCUUUUGUGAGGUAUUGAGAGAAGGAAAUGUGAAAAGAGGGAAUCUCACUGAGUGAAUGUUAUGAUAACACCUUAUUGCAGUGUGUAAAUUCAAAGAUCUUGGUGAUGUAUAUGUUGUACAUACAGUAUGUUUUUUUUUUUCAGAAAAAAUGUCAAAUGUGGCAAUAACUAUUUGCCAGAAUGUACCAGUAACAUAUGUUGUUUUUCCCUUAUGCAAGGAAUCCUGGGGUAGGAAAUCCAACAGAAAGGAACUCAUGAAUGAUGAUGUCUUGUGCAUUUCUUCACCAUAAACCAGUUUUGUUUAUGAUAUUUGUGUAUACUUUCAAAAUCAAUAAAAAAAUACUGUACAUACUGACA